AUGCCCCAGGAAUUAUUGACGCUUCCACCUGUAUACUGCGUCGUGGGAAUAUACAGACUUUUAACUGAUCCGUUGAUCCGACAGCCAGUUUGGGACAAGUGCAGGCAUGGUGUCCGUCGUGGCGGACUUGUGGGUCUCUUUUGGGCCGCACUCACAUGGAAACUCCAAAAAGCUUUUGUGGGCUACUUUCUGCUGAGUACACCACGCUUCACAGGACUCUCUAACGAUCGUGUAUUCGGAUAUCAACUACCUUUAGAUGUCGGAACUUACGCAACCUUACUCUUCCUGGGAGACCAGAUCACAGGAAUUAUCAACUUUUUCCUUUCACGGAAUCUUGGGAUCGCGCGAGACAGGGCAUGGGAUCAAACCAUGACUAGUCGUGGAAAGGAAGAAUCAUUUUGGGGCGGGAUUUUAUCUCGACGAGUAGAAUGGGAGAAACCGCCCCACGUAACAACAGAUCCACCCAAAUGGGAAAAGCACGUGGGAAAUAAAGUCUUGCGUAUUGUGAUUUCCAAGUUAAUUCUGGCGCCGUUGAACUUUAUUCCUUUUCUGGGACUGGGCAUCUCGGCUUGGAUGAAGGCGCUCAGUACAAGUAGAGGAUUGCAUUCUCCUUACUUCAAGUUGAAAAAAAUGACCCCGAAAGAGGUAGCUGUAUUUGUAGAAGAGAGGAAAUGGGACUAUCGAGCGUUCGGGUUCACAGCGGCCCUUCUCGAGUCUAUUCCUAUUAUCGGAAUUGGAUUUACCAUAAGCAAUCGGAUUGCGAGCUACCUCGAAAAACGUCAAGAUCUAUUCCGGCGGGGUGAGAUUAAGCCCCUCCCACCUCGAAUUGUGACGUUGGAUAAUGGCGAAAAGCUGGAGCUUGCACCAAGCAGGCAUGCAGGUGCUGGAUUCACAAAGGAAGAGGUCACAGGAGGGCGAAACUAA